AUUGAGCUCGGGUGGAACAGUGAACACAGCAGGAAGCACAACAACAUCAUCCUCGGCAUCCGAAGCGGUGCUGAUGUCGUCCACAAGUUCGUCUUCAGAGUCAAUGUCGUCGCGCCACUCAAUUUCAUCUUCGAAAAAAUCAUGGCACCGGGCAUUUUUGAAGACAUCCCUGCUUUCCUUGGCACUGAGAGGCUUGAAUUGAGGGUGAUCCACCAAGGCUUCGCUCUUGCGCGCGAGCAGGUCCACGACGUCUUCGGGGAUGGAGAUGGGAAAUGGGGGGUUGGUGACGUGUUUCGAAUGAAACUUGCAAACGGAUGCCCAAUGGGCGGGAUGCUGAGUCGUUUGGGCGUUGAAGAGCAGCCUCCAAAACUUCAUUUGCGUCCUGUCACAAUCAAACGACUUGUAGAUUGUGGCAAGGAGAGCGGUGGCGAAUGGGUAUCCGGCGACACUGGCAAUCUUGAGGAGGGGGCGCACUGGAGUGUCAUCGCUUGGGUGAAUCGACAUGUCACAAAUCCGAUUCAAAUGCCCAAUGCCCAAGAGGUAGAUCGCGACAACCUUGAUCGUACCGUUGGAAUUGAUGACUCGGGUCAUCAUCAGGCGAGCAAAAACGGUCGCGGCGGUUGCUUGCUCGGCCUUUGUGUAUGUUGUGGUGUCUUCGGGUGCGUCCAUGAUCCUCAAGAGCCAUCGGUCGUCGAAACAGCUCGGGGACGGAGACGGAUAGAUCCUGCCAUUCUUGUUGACGAGGUAGUCUUCGUGGCUGUGGUAGAUUUCCAACCCGGUGAAGCCGAUCCAAAGGCGGUAUUGAACCAACUUGGAGCCGCGGAUGAGGGCUUCAAAGGUCUUGCAGGUUUGCUUGAGGCGGAGUAUGGUGGGGAUGUCCAGGAGCCAGAGGAAGGCUUCAUUGGCCACGACGAUUUCGGCUUGGGUCAUAGGAUUGACUCGGCGGAUGGUGGCGACCUGGGUGACAUGAUCCGAGACGGGCUUGACCGUGGGGUACAAAACCGGAGAGGGCGGGUCAUCAUCGUGCUCGCGGACACAUUGGCGCUUGGACGGGGACGUGGUGGACUCGACGAGAGAUGCAUUGGGUUUGCCAUCCUCAGUGACAAAUACCUUCAUCCGAUCCGUUUGGGGCAGCCCUCAUGAAGUCCGCAUGAUGCAUGCGGCUCCUUCGAGUGUCCCUGGCUUGUCGUCCAAUGCACCACUCGAGAGGGUACUUGCUUUUUU